AUGGGUGAUGACCAAUUGCGAAAGGAGCAGCGAUACCUCGCAAAUCUCGUGCGACGAUGUGGCAAUCACAGGGAAGCGCGGCGGAUCCACGAGCUCAUCCUGGCGAGCAAGCACCGGCAAUGCACAGUCUUGUGCAAUCUCUUGCUAUCACUGUAUGCCCGGUUUGGGCAUCUUGUCGAGGCGAUCAACGUCUUUCACUCGAUCCAGGACCCCAAUGUCUUCUCCUGGAAUAUCCUCUUACGCGUCUUGUGCGAAGACAACCGGGUUGCCGAGGCGAGGAAAACCUUCGAUUCUCUUGAGGAGAGGGAUGUUGUGACCUGGACGACAAUGGUGAGCGCAUAUGCCCGCAUUGGGCAUAUUGACGAGGCAAAGUUUCUCUUCACGAGAAUGCCGCGGCGCAACGAGGUCUCGUGGAACGCCAUGCUCGCAUGCUACAACCGCUGCGAGGAUUUCAUCGCUUGCCGGGGAUUCUUCGAUGUGAUGCCCGCCUGGGAUCUCGUCGCCAUGAACUCGAUCAUCACUGCCACUGCUCGCGACGUCCAGGCAGUGAAGGAGCUCUUCGAUGUAAUGCCGGAGCGCGAUGCGAUCUCCUGGACCGUGCUCUUUGAGGGCUUCGCUAGGGGCCGAGACGUGCACCACGCCACCCAAGUCUUUCUUCGGAUGCCACAGCGCGAUGUUGUGUCAUGCACGAACAUGUUUCGUCUCUACGUGUUCUACGAGCGCCGCGAUCUUGCCGUGGAGACCUUUGAGAGCAUGCCCGAGAGGGACACAGUGGCUUGGAACGCAAUGCUUGGACUCCAUAGCGAUCUGGAGCAAGCGACUGCGUUGUUCGCCCGGAUACCCGUCAAGGAUAUGUCAUCCUGGACGACGAUGUCACAGAUUAGAGCGCAGCUUGGAAGCUUAGACCAGUCCAGAGAAAUGUUUGAUCGUGUGCCGCAGCGGGAUCUUACCUCCUGGAACGCCAUGAUUUGCGCGUAUGCCCAGGUUGGGCAUAUCCAGGAAGCGAGGAGGCUCUUCAGCCAGAUGCCCGAGAAGACGUCCGUGGCAUGGACGGCACUCUUUGGCGCCGCGGUGAAAUCUGGAGGAAUGAGUGAAGCGCGAGAGAUGUUCUUUGAGAUGGAAAUGCCCCGCGAUUCGGCUGCUUGGAACGCGAUCCUCCCCGCAUUUGCCGAUCAUCCGGGAGAUCCCGAAUGCGGCGCCGAGAGGAUCUUCGGGAUGCUGGCAGCGAUGCUCCUCGAGGGCCACACACCCAACGAGGCAUCGUUCGUGGCGGUGCUUAGCGUGUGCGCGGACGGAGGCCUGGUGCGCAAUUCGAUCGAGUGUUUUGCGUCCAUGGUGGCGGAUCAUGGCGUGAGGCCCGUCAAGGAUCACUACAGCAGCGUUGUGGAUGUUCUCGCGCGGGCUGGGAGGCUGGGGGACGCCGAGGAGCUCAUCCACGCCAUGCCAUUCUUUCCAGAUCACAUCUCCUGGGCUUCGUUCCUCGCGGCUUGCAAGGUCCACGCCGCGGUGGAUCAGGGCGCUCGAGCAGCGCACAACAUGAUCCACCUCACGAGCCACGACUCCGCUCCAUACGCCCUCCUGGCCAGCACCUACACGGUCUAG